UGAGGAAUUCAUAAGAUGGACAAUACGAUGAUUCGGGAAUUUUAUCUGUUGGGAAUCUGCAUGAAAAUGACGAUUCGGUGUGACAACGGUUUGGGUGAAACGACGAUUCAGGAAUUUGAUGGAUCGGGAAACUGGUUUCAGGAAAGUGUGAAGGGGGUUAGCUGUCCAUUCACUUGGGACAUGGGAAUUAUCACGGAAACUCGAGAAAAAUUAUGGGAUGAUAAGAAUCGUAUUGAAGAAGUUAUUGAUAUCCAAGAAGAGUUUCCAGAAUUUGUAUUAAUUUACAAUCUCAUGCUGGCUUAUGAAAAUGUAUUGAACAAGAAUCUGCAAACUGCUAUGAAAUGCAUUAAGGAAGCUGAAGAUAGUUUUCAUGAAAUCAAACAAAGGAAAAUACCAGAAAGUGCAGAACAUGUUCUACAACACAUUUUGUUUGGAACAAAGUACCAUGUGCUUCAACAACUGGGGCAGGUGACACAGGCAGAUGAACUACUGAAAGAGAUAAGCAUUGUUAAGGACAUGAAUGAAACGGAAUUAGCCAUGUUAUCUGGGUGUCAAUGCUUAGCUUGGUCACUGUAUCACGUCACUGAUCAUUCUAUGGCAAUCAACUCUGCACGAAAGGCUGUCCAGCACGAGCCCAGUAAUGGCAAAUGGCACUUUUUGUUGGGCAAAAUGUACAGAAGGUCAAGACGGAGGCAUUAUUGGGUUGGUAACCAUCCUGAUAAAGAUGAAUCAUUGGCUUUUCAGAAAGCUUACGACCUAUCUAAAUCUGCUUUAUUUGGUGUAUCUUUGGCCCAAAUGUAUCGAGAGUCUGGAGAAUAUUCAGAGGCUACUCGAAGCUAUAAGGAAAUUGCUGCUGGUGAACCAACUUCUUGCAAAGUGCAAUUACAAUUAGCCCUCGGAUUAAUACGAGCAAAAGAAUGUUCUCAUGCAAAGGGAUGUCUGGAUUAUGUAGCUAAAAAGACACCCAACUCUUCGAUCUAUCAACAUUACAUGGGUAUAUAUGAGGAAAAAUGCCAUCAAAACUUUAAGGCUGCUCUUUCACAUUACACGGCUGCAAUAAAGGAAUCAAAUUUUGCGGCAGAAUGGUCGUACAUAGAGUGUAAGAAAAAAGUUGAAACUCACUGGAAUCCCCUGCCAUAUUUGUUGGAAUUAUUGAAGAAGUACAGCAAAGAUCCUGAUUACCAAAUUCAACAAAUAACCGUUGAGAUCGGAUUAUAUUAUUUGUUUCACACGGAUGAUAUUCUGUCUGCAAGUCAAUACUUGGACAAAGCUGUUCAAAUUGAUCCAAAUGCGCAAAUCCUGAAGGCAUAUCACGUUCCUCGUGGGAACCAAAUGAAUGUAUAUCAUGCAUGGGCAGUAAGAUUGCACCUUGCAUUACUGACGCAAGCUACAAAACUUAGUAUAGGCGACACAGCCAUGUUGAAAAAUAAAUUGCAGCUCUGUUCUGAGAAUGAUCAAGAUUCAUCUUCCAUCUCUGGCGAUUCAAAACAAACUCUGAGCCAACAAUGGUCAAACAUCUAUAAAAAUUAUCAUCGUCGAAGUUCUGCAUCUUCCACACAAAAAAAUCAUCUUUCGAGAAACAGUGGUAAAUCAAAAAAAUCACAGUAUCAGUUCUAUCAGAGAAAUAAAUCCAAAAGCACAAGGCAACCGAAGCAUCUGUCAUAAACGAUAUUCAUCAUUUACAU